AUGCGCCGCUCAGUUGACGUGCCGCGGUCGGGGCCGGUGACGCCCAUCAUCAGCCCGAUCCACAGCCGGCGCGCCAGUCUCUUGAUUUCAAAGGACGGCGACGACAAGCUGGACUUUGGGCGGCUGGGCAGGGAGGAAAGGGACAGGGACAACAAGGACAAGGAAAAGGAAAAGGAAAAGGUCAAGGAGAAGCUCCAAAAGAACAAGGAAAAUGGCAAGGAGAAGGCAUCUUCCAGCACAGAUGACCUGCGGCAGUCUCUCACGGAGCUCAGCAACUUCUCGACCGAAACCACCCGACAGCUAGACCAGACACACUAUGCGUUGCUGGAGAAGACAAGCAGCUUGCAGGUCAUGGUCAAGGCCCUCAAGGACCUCGCGCAGGCGUCGUGUGACCUCCAAGAAGGAUUCGACAUGGCCACGCGCGAGCUCGAGACGGACGUUACAGAGCAGCUACGCGGUAUUGGACACUUUGAAUCACAGCAGUCCACGAUCGAGACUCUCCAGAGUCGCAUACACCUGGGAAGGCAGACCGCCGACAAGCUAGCACAGCGAGUGGAUGUGGUGCGCAAACAAAUCGAGGGCUGGGAGCGCGCCGACAGGGCGUGGCAAGAGAAGACGCGCAAGCGGCUGAGGCUCAUCUGGGCGGCUCUGUCAGUCCUUGUUUGCAUUGUUGGCCUCCUCUUCAUGGCUUUCAGCUACAAUUCCCGCGGCGCCGUCGCACAGGCCGACUCUGGAGCUCGGGGCGCAUGGAGAAAUACCACGCCCGAGUUCAAGGGACAGCAUCAAAGCGUUGAGCAGGUGCUUACAGCAAACAACCACGACGACAAACCAGAGACGACGAGUACGUGGGAAACACCACUAGCAGACGAGCCGUUACGGAUAUUCGAUGAGCUAUGA